AUGGCCGACUGCGAAACUCUGGGGCCGCCCCCUGGAAGUUGCGGAGCGGAGGGACUGGGGGAGCGACGCGCCGCAGCGACGGAGCCGAGCGGCCCGGGCCGGGAGGCCGGCAUGGAGGGCGCGGCGGGGGACCCGUACCGACGACCCGCGCGGCGCACUCAGUGGCUGCUGAGCGCCCUGGCUCACCACUAUGGGCUGGACCGCGGCGUGGAGAACGAGAUCGUGGUGCUGGCCACCGGCCUGGACCAGUACCUGCAGGAGGUCUUCCACCACCUGGACUGCCGCGGCGCUGGCCGCCUGCCCCGUGCUGACUUCCGCGCUCUCUGCGCGGUGCUGGGGCUGCGCGCCGAGGGGGCCGCCGCCGGGGAGGCCUCCGGGGAUGCGGCCGCGGGAGACGCAAACCCUGGGGACGAGACCGCCGGGGUCGCGGCCGCUGGGGUGACCACCGACGGGGACGCGGAUGUCGAAGAGGAGGCGCGCCUGGCGCUGCGCGCGGAGCCGCCCGAGCUCACCUUCCGCCAGUUCCACGCGCGCCUCUGCGGCUACUUCGGCACCCGCGCGGGGCCCCGGCUGCCCCGCGGUGCUCUCAGCGAACACAUCGAGACGCAGAUCCGCCUGCGCCGCCCGCGCCGCCGCCGCCGCACGCCCCGCACGCCGGCCUCGGACCACGGCCCAGACGGCGGCAGGGACGGCGAGCUCCUGGCGCGGUUGGAGGAGGAGAACAGCAGCCUGCGCGAGCUGGUGGAGGACCUGCGUGCCGCGCUGCAAAGCAGUGACGCGCGCUGCCUAGCGCUGCAGGUCGGCCUCUGGAAGAGCCAGGCGGGCGCGCAGGAGGCUGGGCGCGGUGGGCCCGAAGCAGCGGCGCAGGAGCUGCGUCAGGCGCGGGGCGCUCUGGCGGUGGCCGAGGCCCGCGCCGGGCGGCUGCGCCAGGGUCAGGCCGAGGUGCGGCGGCGUGCGGAGGAGGCCCGAGAGGCGGUGCUGCGCAGCCUGGGCCGAGUGCGCGAGCUGGAGGCGCUGGCGCGACAGGUGCCGGGCCUACAGCGCUGGGUGCGAAGGCUGGAGGGCGAGCUGCUGCGCUACAGGUCAGAGGGCACUCAACUCCCCAUCUCAUCACAAGCCAGCCCAGAGCCGGAAGUCAAGAGAGGUGACCCUCUGGACAGUGGGACCAGAAGCCCAGACAGCCCUCCAGAGGGAGCCUGGCAGUCAGACAGCGGUUCCGGUUCCGGGAGCAGACCCCUGGACGAAGUGGACGGGCAGCUGUUCCGCUCAGUGGAAGGCCAGGCCGCCUCCGACGAAGAAGAAGAGGGUGAGGAGAAGUGGCAGAAAGAGCGAAGCUCACUGGCAGAGGUCAAGAUGCUGCUGCAGUACCUCUCCAGCUGCAGGAGUGGGUGUGAUGACCAGACAGCCAAGAAGCUCACGACUUACUUCAGCCACAUUGGCAGUGGUGACCAUGCCUGCACCCUGGGACAGCUGGAGACCCACAUCACCAUGCUGGUGGAGCAGCUGGGGACCCAGAGCUGCCGUGGCAAGGCCCUGGGGACACUUGGGGAGGAGGCAGAGCUGCAGCAGAAGGUAGAAGAGAUUGAGCACCUGAAGCUGGAGCUACAAAUGGUGGAGACAGAGCGGGUUCGGCUAUCCCUGCUGGAGGAGAAGCUCAUGGAUGUGCUGCAGCUCCUGAAAAGGCUCCGGGACCUGAACAUAUCGAAAAGAGCCCUGGGGAAGAUUUUGCUGAACACGCUGGAUGCUUGCAAGGACACCCCACCCGAGGGGCGAUGUGGACCCUUGGCCAUCCUGGAUGCCCUGCGCCAAGCUUUGGCUGGCUGUGAGCUCCUGCAGGGAGAGCUCUCGGCACCAGCCUCCACAGCUCCUGCACUAGCCAACCCCCUCCUCAUCUCUGCUGAGGUCACUGGCCCAGCCUAUGGGCACCUCGGUCAGCCUGACCUCCACCAGACCAGCCUCCAGAUCAACCUGACUGCGACCAGGCCAGUUUCCUUGACCAGCCUGACCACCAUCGGAUGAGCUUCCAUGGCUACCCCAACCACCAUCACAUCCUCAGAACCCUAGAGACCCUGACUCCUAAGACUCAACCUGGGCUCAACCCCAAAGCCGCCCACAACAGAGCCUGGCAGACUUCAUCUCCUUGAGGUCCUCCCAGGUUCCCUCACAGCCCCUGCAUUACUGGUGCCACAGUUCACAUUCAAGUCCUGGGGCUGCUGGAUCAGCCCAUACCUGCUGUUGCCUCCCCUGCCCACUUUCUCAUACAGCCCAGCCCAGAAUCCCUUCCUGGUCUCCUGGGGUCUUUUCCCCUCCCAGCACUGUCCCUUUCCUCUCACUGCUGCACCCAACCUCCAGGCCACA